AUGGCUAUAGGUGUAAUAAUUCGUCAAAUGGAAUGGUCGUCUCUGAUCCCGAUUUCCGGUGGUGGCCUUUGGUGUUCGCUUUCGCCCAUCGUGUUUGUAGCUGGUGCCGUGAUUGGAGCAUUGCUUUCGGGGCCUGUCUGGAGGCGUUUGGACAGCCGACUGGGCAUGGCAUUUUUCGAUGCCGUCUUGGUCGGCGGUCUAUGCAUCGUUACUCUACCAGUAACACUGACGGAGUUGAUGGUUGCUGGUAGAUUAUUGCUCGGAAUCGGUUCAGGUGCAAUGUCCGCUAUUGUACCCGCAUACGUUGGCGAGAUUUCGCACCCUAAGUUCCGAGGCAAAAUGGGUAUAUUGUUCCACGCGAUCAUGGUAAUGGGCGUCGUGAUAUCCGACGUGUUUGGCCCAUUCGAACAGUAUGAUAAUCACCGACCUUACAGCAUACCGUUCAACGUGUAUUGCUGCUUGUUCGUUGUAUUACACGCGAUCGGAUUGUGUUUCGUCCCUAAACCGCCGUACUCAACACCGAACAAUUUUUUCGAACCGAAUCAUCGCAACGACGAAUGUUUGAGCACUAUAAAUUUGUUGGAUGAACCCUAUAGGAUGGACGUAUUGCAUCCAAUGUUUAAUUCCGAUUACCGGAACACUUAUCAACGAAGCUCAUGGAAGAUAUUGGAAGCAUUUAGUUACCGUGCGGAUCGCAAAGCACUGCUGAUCGCCGUUGGAUGUAUGUUUUUCCACCAAAUGUGUGGAAUAAAUAUGAUAAUAUCGUAUAUGUUUCCUGUUAUGAAAAUGGCUGACAUUGAUAUCGACCCUAAAAUGAUAUCCAUCACAUUAGGACUCGUUCAACUCACUCCUGAAACAUAG